CAAUGUCGGCCGUCGUCCUCGACAACGACGACGAUAACGGCCAUGCCUCGAUUAACCCGCCUUCUCUCUUCUUUAUCGUCGGCGUUGGGCCCAGAGUCCGCCAGACUUGAGUUGAAGUGGAUGAAGGAGGCUGCCGAACGCUCGUCAGGAAGCCUUAGACUUCCUGCGAUGGUAGAGCGAAGACUGCGAGGGGAACCUCUUCAGUAUAUACUGGGCACUCAGCCAUUCGGAGCUCUUGAUCUGCUUGUGCGACCGCCCGUGUUAAUUCCUCGUCCAGAGACAGAAGACUGGACACUUCGUUUAUCCCGGUUAAUUCAACCUUCCCCAGAGCGGCCUAUCUCUUUAUUGGACUUGUGUACAGGUUCUGGAUGCAUCCCGUUACUUCUAUGCAACACUUGGAAACCUGGAAGUGUCAACGCUUACGGUGUAGAUAUAUCUGAAGACGCUAUUCAGCUUGCUACAGAUAAUGCUCAUCGAUGUGGUGUACACGUCCCUGCAGAAAUGCAGCCUAGGCGAUAUCCUUUCAAUACCUUCAAGCCCAUGUUGGCUAAUAUUCGUGAUCCUUCCUUUCUUCUCUCAGCUGAACUCCGGCCACCUUUCCACGUCAUAACUUCGAAUCCGCCGUACAUUUCUAGGCAAGACUUUGAGAACCUACCACCCUCUGUCAAGGGCUAUGAAGACCAUCGAGCACUUAUCGGCGACCCUACCGUAUACCCAGAACCACCUUGCUCGGAGAGUGGCAAAGGACUGACUUUCUAUCACACAAUUGCUCAACUCCUUGCUCAACAAGACAUCCUGACCGAUAAUGGUGUGGUUGCCCUUGAGAUUGGUUUUAAUCAGGCGGAUGAUGUACGACAAAUCAUGCAGAAUGAGGGCAAACUGCCUAAAACCGAGGUUUGGCGCGACCCCUGGAAUAGAGAUCGCGUUGUGUUUGCCGGACGAUAGUGAGGUUGUUAGCAAUGGCCUGUGUGUAAAUUUCCCGUAUUCCAAAUCUUUUUGCACGGGCAGCUUAAAUACGGAAGCCACUAUCUGCCACACCCUCGAACCACUUUAACUGCCUCA